GUGAAGAGUCUUAAAGGGGCCGCGUCGUCCGGCCGGCUCGGCCGGAUGGAGCCCCCGGCGGCCAAGCGCAGCCGGGGCUGCCCGGCGGCGGACGAGCCCGGGACUGGGGCCCGUCGCAGUCGCCCCGAGCCGUUGCUGGACCUCAGCGCCAAGCGGGUGGCCGAGAGCUGGGCCUUCGAGCAGGUGGAGGAACGGUUCUCCCGGGUGCCAGAGCCAGUUCAGAAGCGCAUUGUGUUCUGGUCUUUUCCACGAAGUGAGCGAGAGAUCUGUAUGUACUCAUCACUUGGCUACCAGCCCCCAGAAGGCGAGCAGGACAACCGGGUACCAUUCACCCGUGGGCUGCACCUGCUACAGAGUGGGGCUGUGGAUCGAGUGCUACAAGUGGGGUUCCACCUGAGUGGGAAUGUCCGAGAACUGGGGGGCCCGGGGGAGCCUGAACAGCUCUACCACGUCUCCAUCAGCUUUGACCGCUGUAAGAUCACAUCUGUGAGCUGUGGCUGUGACAACCGGGACCUCUUCUACUGCGCCCAUGUGGUGGCACUGUCACUGUACCGCAUCCGCCAUGCGCGCCAGGUGGAGCUGCGGCUACCCAUCUCCGAGACCCUGUCACAGAUGAACCGAGACCAGCUUCAGAAGUUUGUGCAGUAUCUCAUCAGUGCACACCACACUGAGGUGCUACCAACCGCCCAGCGUCUUGCUGAUGAGAUCCUCCUGCUGGGCUCUGAGAUCAACCUGGUUCAUGGUGCCCCAGAUCCCACGGCGGGUGCAGGCACAGAAGAUGCCAACUGCUGGCAUCUGGAUGAGGAGCAGAUCCAAGAGCAGGUGAAGCAGCUGCUGUCCAACGGUGGCCACUAUGGGGCCAGCCAGCAGCUGCGGUCCAUGUUCAGCAAGGUGCGGGAGAUGCUUCGGGCACGCGACUCCAACGGGGCACGCAUGCUAAUCCUCAUGACCGAGCAGUUCCUGCAGGACCCUCGCCUGGCCCUGUGGCGGCAGCAGGGUGCCGGCAUGACAGACAAGUGCCGGCAGCUGUGGGACGAGCUGGGGGCUUUGUGGGUCUGUGUCAUUUUGAGCCCGCACUGCAAACCAGACGAGCGGUCAGGCUGGCUCCAGCUGCUUGCCACGUGGGACAAGCUAGAUGUGUGCCCACUGGAAGAAGGCAACUAUUCCUUGGACAUCCCCAGCCUACAGCCUGCUCUAACCUCUAGGACAGGCUCAGAGGAUGAAGAGGAGGUGGCAGCCACCAGCCCCCGCCGGACAGUUUUCAGCCGAGCACUGCAGGCUGGAGAGUUGCACUGGAAUGACAACCACCUACAGAGGAUCCUGGCCAGUGAUUCCUGUGGCCCCAGCCUCACUGGCAGUGUGGGAGGUGACAAGCCAACCUUUGACCCUCAGGGCCACCCCAUCUGGCUGGGUGAACCUUUUCCUACUGCCUGUGCACGGGUAGAUACCUUGCGUGCCCACGGUUAUCCCCACAAGGCUCUACGGCUGGCAUGUGCCAUAAUUAACACACUGCGGCUGCAGCGGCGACACCAGCUUGAGAGCUACAAGCAGCAGAGAAAAGAACUGCUCCAGAAAGGUGCUACUGGUGUCACAAGCACUGAAGGUUGGGUGGGCCAUCCCCUGGAUCCCAUUGGCUGCCUCUGCAGAGCACUGCUGGAGGCCUGUCGCCUGGAGGAGGAGCCUCACUCUCUUUUCCCAGACUCAGCCCCAGAGAAGCGAAAGCUGGCCUACCAGCACGUGCCGGUGCCGGGGAGCCCUGGAGAGUCCUACCUGGCGCUAGCACUGGAAGUGGCGCUCCUGGGACUAGGGCAGCAGCGGGCUCUGCCGGAGGGAUUGUACGCCCAGGACAAAGUGGUGCGCAAUGAAGAGCAGCUGCUGGCCCUGCUGGAGGAGGUGGAGCUAGACGAGCGGCUGGUGCAAGUGCUGCGAAAGCAGGCUGGGCUGCUGCUAGAAGGAGGCCCUUUCAGUGGCUUUGGAGAAGUGAUUUUCCGGGAGAGCGUACCCAUGCACACCUGUGCCCGAUACUUGUUCACUGCGCUGCUGCCCCACGACCCAGAUCUGGCCUUCCGCCUGGCGCUCCGAGCCAUGAGGCUGCCUGUACUAGAGACAACAUUCCCAGCUGGAGAAGCUCACCCCAACCCACUGGACUCCAUCAUGAGUAACCGCUUCCCCCGUUGGUUCAUCCUUGGCCACCUGGAGACCCGCCAGUGUGAGCUAGCCUCCACUAUGUUGACCGCUGCCAAAGGAGAUACCAAGUGGCUGCAUGCAGUUCUGGGCUCCGUCCAGCAAAACAUCCACUCCCCAGCCCUGCUCUUCAAGUUGGCACAGGAUGCCUGCAAGACAGCCACGCCAGCCAAUGCCCCACCAGACACCAUGCUGCUGGGCAUCGCCUUGGAGCUCGGCCUGCAGGUGAUGCGGAUGACACUGAACACGAUGACUUGGCGGCGCAGGGAGAUGGUUCGCUGGCUGGUUAGCUGUGCCACGGAGAUUGGCCCACCAGCACUGAUGAACGUCAUGAAGAACUGGUUCUCCUUGUUCACCCCAGUGGAGGCAGUCACCAUCGUGGCAGUGACAGGCACCACCCAUGCCACUUUGCUGCGACUGCAACUAGACACGGCUGGGCGGGAGGAGCUCUGGGCCUGUGCCCGCACCUUGGCACUCCAGUGCGCCAUGAAGGAUCCCCAGAAUUGCGCCUUGCCAGCCCUGACGCUGUGUGAAAAGAACCAUGCAGCUUUCGAGGCUGCCUACCAGAUUGUGCUGGACGCUGCCGCUGGGGGCCUCGGCCACGCCCACCUCUUCACGGUUGCACGGUACAUGGAGCAUCGAGGCCUGCCUCUGCGGGCCUACAAGCUGGCCACACUAGCCUUGGCGCAACUCAGCAUCGCCUUCAACCAAGACAGCCACCCCGCAGUCAACGACGUGCUGUGGGCCUGCUCACUCAGCCACUCGCUGGGGCGGCACGAGCUGUCGGCCAUCGUCCCUCUCAUCAUCCGCAGCGUCCACUGCGCACCCAUGCUCUCCGACAUCCUGCGGCGCUGGACUCUCUCAGCACCUGGGCUGGGCCCACUGGGGGCCCGCAGGGCUACCAAACCACUCGGGACUGACAGAGCGCCGCUUUGCCAGCUGCUGGAUGCUGCAGUGGCCGCGUACAUAACCACCAGCCACUCUCGCCUCACCCACAUCAGCCCGCGUCACUAUGGCGACUUCAUUGAGUUCCUGGGCAAAGCUCGAGAGACCUUCCUUCUGGCUCCAGACGGGCACCUCCAGUUCGCACAGUUCUUAGAGAACCUUAAACAGACCUACAAGGGGAAGAAGAAGUUGAUGCUGUUGGUUCGGGAGCGGUUUGGCUGAGGGACUGCAGAAACCUGGGAGCAUGGGGGUCCCCUGGCCCGCCUUCCUCAAACAGGAGGCCUGUGGCUACUUCCAGUUAAGUCACAGAGAUGGGAGUCAGAGGGUGAUGCCAUUCCAAGUGUGUGCCUAGGAGUAUGCAGACAAAUGGGAGAUCUGAGGAUCCGAAGCCAUACUGCUAACUAGACCCCUGCAGGGAGUGGGAGCCGGGCACCUGACACGUGAGAAGUGGCCUGGCUCUCCCAGACUUACCGCGUUAGCUGGGACUUCCCAGAGAAAGGCUGGGGCACAAUGAAGUUAGUCCUCAGAUUCAGUGCAGCAUACACUCCAGAGCCCGGCCAGGUGCCUGGGCACUUGACAUCAGGGUAGUUAAGUCCCACUGUGUGUCUCCCCCCCCAGCUCAGGGCUACUGUCCCACUGCCCUGGGUCCCCAGCCCAAGCCUCCCAGCACAAAUGCCUCACCCCCACUGAAGGAUAUUAAGAGGCCUUGGGCCUCUGCCACAUACCUCACCCCCAAAUACCCUUGUCAAGCCAGGGCCUAUCUUCUCUUGGGCACCAAGGUCACAGGGUAGGCUGGGGACAGCUCUCUGCUGGCCAGACCCCACCACUAGUAACUGGAUACACAACUCAGGAACCCGGCUGCCCUCCAGCCUGUAGCGGGAGGCACAGGCAGAUAGCCAGGGACCCCGUCCUGUCUUCCUCUUGCUUUACACCUCCGUUUGUUUCCCCAUUUCUGCAUCUCUCAAGUCCCAGCUACUGACGGAAGCCUUCUUUUAUCCCAGGCCUUAGCCAAGGAGCAAAAAAAGGGAGAGCCUCCACCCAAAAUGAACCUGUCUUCUCUCUUGUAAGGAAAAAGUUGGCAUCAUUUUGUAACUUUUUUUCUUAUUUAUUGAAUCCCAUACUGUAUUCUCCACCCCACCCCCUUUCUCUCUCUCUUUUUUUUUUUUUUUAAAAAAGAUUGAACAUAACUUCUUUUUAACU